AUGUCGAGGAAAGGUCACAGAGGGCCGAUAAUGGAGGGUUUGAUGGGCCCGACCAAGAUCCGGAAGAGGGGCUGCUCUUCCUCUUCAUCUACGUCGUCGAGAGUCUACAAUUACAGACUGAACAAGCGGGCCAUAAUGGCGGGCAAGAAUCGGGCCGGGCUGGCGGUCGGACUUGGAAGGUCUAGAUCCACUACUCCUGUGCCGACGUGGAGAACCACGCCUCUGAGGGCGGCCGUUGAGUCUCCCAGGUACUCUCAGAGCGGGAGGUCGACCCAGCCCGUCUCGGCCCGUAGGCUGGCGGCCACGCUGUGGGAGAUGAAUGAAGAUCUGACGCCGAAAACGAGCGAGAGUGGUUUGAGUGUUUUGAAGGGACUGCAGAAGAAAAGUGGGAGUAAGAUGGUGUUCAAGAGGGAGAAAAUGCAGUCUGGGUGGGGCUUGCAUUCGGGCUCGUGUGCAUUGCCUCCACAUUUGUCAGAUCCGUCUCACAGCCCGACUGCUUCCGAGAAAAUGGAUAGAUCAAGUACAGGCAGUCACCGAAGGAGGUCGCCAUCAAUUUCUCAUACGCUCAUGAUGGCUGAUCAAAAUGUUCGACCUAUUGACUCCAUUAGCAAUGCUAGUCUGAUGGAGAUCGAGACCCGAUCCCGGCCCCCAACAUCGACUAGCCCGGCCCUCACCUCCCGAAACCGCCUGAAGGACGCAACCAAUGCCCUCACCACCUCCAAGGAGCUUCUCAAGAUCAUCAGCCGCAUGUGGGCCCGUGCAGGCCCGCCGUCCUCCAGCGUGCCCCUCAUCUCUGCCCUCCACGUGGAGCUUGAGCGGGCCCGCCUCCAAGUCAACCACCUUAUCCAAGACCAGCACAGGCCCGGCCCGAACGAAACCGACCACCUCAUCAAGCUCUUGGCAGAAGAAAAGGCCUCUUGGAAAAAAAGAGAGAAGCAAGCCGUCGAGGCCGCAGUCGGCCACGUCGUGGCCGAGCUCGACGCCGAGCGGAAGCUCCGGCGGCGGCUCGAGAGCCUGAACAAGAAGCUCGGGAAGGAGCUCUUGGAAGUCAAAUCCUCCUUCUUGAAAGCGGUCAAGGAAUUGGAAAAUGAGAAACGGGUGCGGGAAAAAACCGAAGAGGUGUGCGAUGAGCUGGCGAGGAACAUCAACGAGGACCGGGCCGAGGUCGAGAGAAUAAAGAUGGAAUCUUUCAAGGCCCACGAGGAGGUCGAGAAGGAGCGGGAGAUGCUCGAGCUGGCUGAUAAACUGAGGGAGGAAAGGGUGCAGAUGAAGUUGACCGAGGCCAAGCACCAAUUUGAGGAGAAAAAUUCAGCUGUAAGUAAAUUGAGGAAACAGCUUGAAAUUUUUCUUCAUGCGAGAAAGGAUGAAAUUGUCGAGGAUGGCUUGGGGGAAAGCGACCUCCACUGGGACGAGCUGAAUGCGGAUAAACACAGCAAGUGGCCCCACGUGAAUAAAGUGAUUAACGAGGUCAAGGGUAGAAGCUCGUGUUCGGGCCGACCGGGCUCCAGGAGAGACGGUGGUCUACAGAGGAGCGCAUCGGAUGGGGAGUUUCUUGAUAGGGAGCCAAAGAUGGAAAAUCCGAGGAGUAGUUAUUUUGACGAAAGGCAGAGGUAUUCGAGGGUUAGAGGUGUCAGGGAUCAGGUGCGUUUGAGUUCCAGGCUGGCGGAUGAAUCUUGGCCAUCGAGGGACCCGUUAGAUGGUACGGUUGAGGAUGCAGAUGGUGUGGUUCAGACAAAGGGUUCGAAGUCGAGAACAGGUGUCAGGAGGUCUAAAUGGUGA